GGCCCCUCUGCAGUUGCAGGCCUUGUUUAGCUUUGCUUCUUUCUUUCUUUUUUCUCCCCUAGGCUUCCCGCUCGCUCGCCGUGAUUCGCCAUCCAGCCUUUCCCUUCCGGUCCGCCUUUGCGCUAUCCUCAUUUCGCCUCUCUGCGUGUGCGCGUGGUCGCCUCCCUCAACGUGCAGCAGCGCCUUAUUGUUCUUCUUCUUUUUUGUUUUUUAGCAGAGACGACGAGAACAUCGACGUAAAAACCGCCAGCAAAAAGAAUCCCCCCUCCCCAGUUUGUAGAACUACUCCGAGCCACAGCUAAAGGAAUAUACUGUGAUUUAACCAAAAAGAGAAAGAAAAGACAGAGCAGCAGAUACGGCACAAAGCCAAACCACCGUACACCCCGUACGACCGCGUUUCGUAGUGAUUGAGAUACAUACCUCCCUCUUACGUCCCAUUUAUAUUUAGAGAUAAAUAUAUAUAGCUGUGUUUCUCUUCUUACUCCUUACACCGCGAGACGCAUCAAGUGUAACCCUUUUUUCGUUCCGCUUAUAUAUGUGUGUUAGUGCACUCGCGUAACUAAGAGUGCCUGACGCAGCAGUAACGCCCCUUUUUCUUUUUUUCUUUUGCGGCUCCGCUUCGAGUUACCGACGCCUGCUUGUGUGGUUUUUUCAAAGAGUUUUUUUUUGUUUAUUUAUCCGCGGACAAAAGGAAAGAAAAGAAGUAUUACACACGCUCGGAGAUCGUCAACGUCGGCAGCGGUUUUGCGUUCCUCCUUCGAUUGCACGCUCUUCGACUUCGCCAACCUUUUCUUUUGCAUACAUAUAUAUUUAUUUAUUUAUUUAUUUAUUGCCUUUAUCUUUUUUCUUCAUAUAAACUCCUCGUGUUUAUCACAAAUUCACCUCUGCUCUUGUUUUCGCCCUCCUGCCGCCGACCUGCAUCUCGCAGCUGCUGCUUUCCGUUACGCCUUCGCAGCCACGCACACGCACACGUCGGUAAACCGAGGUUUCGUCGUGGCAGUGUGCCCCGCUCUUUCUCUUCGUGACGACCCCGCAGAGCAGACUCGAGCAUACUCCUUCCAUUUUGCUACGUGUACGGAGGGAAAAACGGUGUGAGAAAGCGUUGUGAGUCCGACCUCUAGUGGGUGUUGUUUGCUGCUGUUCUCUCCUUGGACGGAACACGCCUAUUAAAACAAAACCAAAAAACUCCAACAGCGAUAUCAUAUUUAUCACCAUCACCACUGUCCAAGAGGGAAGUACGAAAUCAAGAGAAACAAGAAAAGAAAAGAAGAAGAUGCCGGCAGAACUUCUUGACGAGGCCAACCAGGAUGCCGAGGAGGAGUUCAUCUUCAACGAGUACGCCAUCGACGACACUCUCGACCCGCUGAACCGUCUGCUGCUCUACUACCAAUCCGAUUUCUCUCUCCAGCGACUCGUACUCGUGCGGGAGCUUUGCUCUACGGCGCAGUAUGCCGGCUACGCCGAGAGCGCGCGCGCCAUCGUGCCGCUGCUCACCUCGUUCACCCAAGACGCCGAGCCGGUGGUGCGGCAGGCCCUCGUCGAGCAGCUCUUUCCCCUCGCGGAGUUCUUUGUCCAGCAGGGCGGCGAUGCGGGGUAUCAGUACCUGCUGAACGCUUUCCUCCCCACCGCCUUCGAGCUGCUCGUCGACAAAAACGUGGAGGUGGGCGUGGUGGCCCUGGAGACGAUCCAGAAGCUGGCCCAGCUCGUGCACAAGGAGCAUGUGCAGUCGCACCUGCUGAACGUCGUCAUGACUCUCGCGCACGACGAGCGUGCGGAGGACUACCGCGUCGUCGCCGCGCAGCUCUUCAACGACCUCGCACCGCAGUUCGGCAGCGUCUUCUGUACCACGGUGGUGCUGGGGGAGUUGGAGCUGUUGUCGAACGACUCGAGCUUUACGGUGCGCCGCACCGUCGGCAGCAACCUCGGCGGCGUCUGCGCCGUCCUGACAACUGAAGAGGCGCAGCGCACGGUGCUGUCCUUGUAUCUCGCCCUGUGCGCUGAUGAGAUCUGGGGCGUGCGUCAGGCAUGCGCGGAGUCGAUUGAGAAGGUCUCGGAAGGCCUACCAGAGGCGAUGCGUGUGCAGUUUAUUGUACCCGCGUUUCAGAAGUUGCUCGAGGAUGACUCGCGGUGGGUGCGGACGCGUGCCUACGAGUCCUUAGGACGCCUCCUGCACACCCUCCGCAGCGAGGACAUCAGCCCGGAGCUGCUGCGUCUCUUUACGGAGAUGGCCUUCCAGUCCGACAACGUCGAGAGCCCGUUGAGUGAGUACUGCGCCUUCUGCUUCCCUGCGGUGGUGCAGGUGAUUGGUCCCUCCCGCUGGCCCGAGGUGGCUGACGCCUACGCGACGAUGCUGAAGGACGUGCAGUGGAAGGUGCGCAAGUCGCUUGCCUACUCGCUACACGAGAUGGCAGAGCUGCUCGGGACCGACAUCACCGAGGAGGCGAUCGUGCCUGCCUUUGAGCUGCUGCUGCGCGAUCUGGACGACAUCAAGCGCGGUGCCGUGCUGAACGCGGAAAAAUUUCUGGCCCUCGUCACACCCGCUACGCGCGACCGUCUCGUACCGCUGCUGUGCCACGUGCCGCUGGAGAGUGAAAACUGGCGUCUGCGCAACGAGGUGGCGAAGCGGAUUGGUGCAGUGGCGGUGCUUCUCUCACCUGACAGCCCGUCCUUCUCCUCCGUCCUGGCGCUUGUCUCGCGCCUGCUCGACGACAGUGUGAUGGAGGUGCGCACCUCCACCUAUGAGCCGGUGGCCGUCAUCCUGAAGCACCUGCGAGGGGCGAACGAUGAAAAGUAUCAAAACUAUCUCUCCUCCAUCGUGAAGCUGGCGACAGCUUACAGCUUCCGCGGGCGGCAGAUGUUCGCCUACGUGACGGAGCAGGUCGUGAAGGUGGGCGCGGACGACGUGCUUGAGAACGCGCUGCUGGAUGGCAUGGUAAAGCUCGCGAUGGACCCUGUCGUGAACACCCGCCUCGUCGUCGACUCGGUGGCUGAGAGGACAAUCCUGAAGAAUGAAAGCUGGGCUCACAACGCGAAGGUGCAGGAGGCUAUGUCGGUGCUGCAGCAGCAGGCCACCUCGCAAGAGGCGGUGGACGCCGCGGCCGAGAAUGCGGAGGCAGCCGUGGCGAACACCCAGAUCCUCCACGACGACAGCACGGCGGAUGCGGUGGGGAUGGAAGUGCAGGCGCAGCAGCAGCAGUUCGAUGAGGGACAGGAAGAAUUCCUUCGACAGCAGCAAGAACUCUUUCAUCUGAAGGAGAAGCAAGAGCUCCUUCAGCAGCAGCGCGAAGAAAACCUCCUUCGGCUAGAUCAAAAAGAAAAACAAUUGACGAUGAUGGGGGGUAGAGAAGACGGCGGUGCGCCUUCGCCGCCGCAGGCAAAGGCAAGCACAGAAGGGCAGCCGUCCGUUGCGGGCAGUGGGGUCAGCGGUGUUGUCGGUGCUGGCAGCAGCAGCAGCAACGGCUUUAGCAACAACGCGAGAGCGACUGCGACGAGUGGGCUUGGCGAUGCGGCGGCCGCGACGGCGGAGGGUAAGGGUAGCGGCACACUAGGCGCUCCGGUGGUGGGUGAGAUUUAA